AUGAGUCUUACUCGUAAACUCGUAAGGACUCAUAACUCCACCCUUUUUACUGCAUCCCUUUCCUAUAGUCCUUUUAAUACACAUGUCUUUUGUUGGCUGUUCCUUCACUGUCUUUACCCAUGGCUAUCCUUCCACUCUUUACUUACACAUUAA